AUGCAGCUCGCUACCCUUACCCUCCUUGCCGUCGGCGCGUCGGCCAACCACUACCGGUCCAGCGACGCCAACACGGUCGAGCUCUGGGGCCAGUGCGGCGGAGCCACGUACCUCGGCGACACCGAGUGCGCGCCCGGCGGUAUCUGCGUCCCGUUUGGCGAUGCGUACUCGCAGUGCCAGCCCGGCGGGAAGGACCAAGUCGGCGUCUGGGGCAAGUGCGGUGGCAGCGGCUACUCUGGCCCCACCGCCUGCGCGGCCGGCAGCGCGUGCAAAACGUGGUCCGACGCGUACUCGCAGUGUGUGCCCGAGACGUCGACGCGGUCGUCGGCGGCGACGCUGCCGGACAACUGGGUCGUCUCCAACGGCGUGUGCCACAACAAGUGCGACGGCGAGGACGACUACACGACGACCGACAUCACGACGCUCGAGGCGUGCGUCGCCGAAGCCGUGGCCCGCGGCCGGUGGUAUGCCGUCUGGAAGGAGAAGACGGCCGAGUGCCUCGUGCUAUCGACGGUGUACACGUACAAGAUGGACCCCGAGUGCAAGAGCGUGGCCAAGUUUGACAACACCAAGUACACGUGCGCCGGCAACGCCAACUACUACGGCUUCGACAUUGGCAACACACAGACGCGCUUCAGCCGGUGCCUCGACCGAUGCCAGUACUACACGUCGGGCGGCAAGAACUGCAACACCGUCACGUUUGUGCAGAUGCCGGGCAACCCGAACUUUGGCACGUGCUUCUUCAAGAGCGUGCCCGUCAACGCCACGACCGUGCACGACGACAUGGGCGCCACGGCCUGCAAGUUCAUCCAGUAGCACCUUCGUCUUGAGAUCGUUUCCGGCUUGCAGACACUAGUACUACGUUUGAACUUCCUCCUUUUAAGUUUUUAUGUUCCAUCGA